CUUCAAAACAAACUGCUGAAGAGUGAAACUCUUAUUGUUUUACUUCAUAGGUUGUUGAGUAGUUUCCUAUAGCGAAAUGGACUCGUCUGUAAUUCUACCUAUCGAAGCAGAAGCGUUUGUUAAAAGUCUGGAAACUUUCUCUCUCAAGGAAGUGGGAUCUGAGAGGUGGUUCAGACAGCAUGAGCACAUCGAGAAACUCAACAUGCAGGCGAUACUGAGUGCUUCUGUCAUGCACGAUGAGUUUGUCGAGGAGCUCCUGGUGUCAUAUGGAAAGAUACCUGUUCUGGUCCAUGAAAUGAUCCUUGUCGAAGUGUGGAAGCACAAAGUGUUCCCCGUUUUAUGUCAGCUGCAGGACUUUAAUCCCAAGAGCACAUUUCAUCUUUACAUGGUGAUCCACCAUGAAGCCACGAUCAUAAACCUACUUGAAACGAUAAUGUAUAAUAAGGAUUCUUGUGAGGCAGCUGGUGACUCUGUUCUUGACUUGGUGGAUUAUUGCCACCGCAAACUCACCCUGCUGGCCAGCAGAGCGACCAGGGAGGGCCAACACAGCCUGACAGGGAAGGCAGGUGUGUCCUCUAUAGAGGAAUUGCAGAUGCAGAGUGCUGCACUGGAGUUUGAAAUCUCCCUGAAGGCUGUGUCUGUGCUGCGCUUCAUCACUGAUCACACCGAGAGUAUCAGUGUCAUCAAUCGCAUGCUGUGCACCCACAACAUGCCUUGCGUGCUGGUUCAGCUGAUUGACUGCUGCCCUUGGAGUCGCUGUCAACAAGGCGAGGCAGAAAAGUACAUAAAUGGCAGAUGGCAGAGGAUUCCUGUUGAGGACCGUUUAAAGAUGACAAAACUGGAUGGUCAGAUCUGGAUUUCCCUUUACAAUCUGCUGCUGAAGGAAGACUGCCAAAGGAAAUAUGACUUCAACAAUUUCAACAAGAACCAGCUUCUUAAGCUCCGGGGUUACUUGACAGAGGUGUUGAUGGAUCAGCUGCCAAACCUGGUGGAGCUGCAGCGUUACCUGGCUCAUCUCGCCCUUACAGACCCUGCGCCCCCCAGAAAAGAACUCAUUUUGGAACAGAUCCCAGAAAUGUGGAACCACAUUGUGAGAGAGAAUAAUGGCAAGUGGAAGGCAAUAGCAAAGUAUCAAGUCAAAGAAACGUUCAGCCCAUCUGAAAGGGACCUGAGGCUGCAGGCACAGAGGUUGGACCGGGUGUACAAUUUGGAUGUGCUGGAGAGUUUACUCCCUGAGAAGCCAAAGUGUGGAUCCUGCGGGAAAGAGGCUGUGAAGAGAUGCUCUCAGUGUCAGGGAGAAUGGUACUGUCACAGAGAAUGUCAGGUGAAGCACUGGCCCAAACACAAGAGAGCCUGCCAGCUUAUGGCUGGGGCCGCAGAGAAGAUCCAGAGGGACCUGCACAUCAGCAGCUAACAGAGAGAGACUGUUGAAGAUCUGCAUGUGCACGAUGCAAAUUUGCAUUCCUAUUGCAUUAUGGCGUUCUGUUUUAACCAAUAAUUUGUGUAUUUAAUGAAAGAGAUUCCUUCUCUACUAUGAUUGUGUUAUUCAACACAGUGGACACGACACAUUUAUCUUCAGUACACCAGCAGCAAAUAAAAUGCUUU